UUGUCAAAUACAGUCACAUGACAGCUUCCUGUAGCCUUAUCAACAAAGACUCCUCGCCUUCAGGAUAACUUUUCUCCGUUGUUCCUGUGCGGUGUAAACAGGUCGGGAUGUGUCUCAGAUAACACCGCUGUGCGUUAACAUCGCUCCUUGUUGUUUUAGGACAGAGACGAAGCACAGAGCGGAAGUUUAAAGAUGUCGGCCGCCGUGGACUUCCACUCUCAGAUCGCCUCCAUCAUGGAGGUGCUGGCUAACGCGGCCGUGGCGGAGAUCUGUAAGGUGGUAGACGACGGCUACGCGGUGGUUCACCUGGAGAUGACCCGCAGCCAGAAGGAGAGCGAGUUCCUGCGGAGGAAGAUCAAACUGCUGGAGCUGCAGGUCGCCCGGUACCGAGCCGAGAGGGUGAAGGCGGCGGAGGGAUCUGUGAACAGCCGCUUCCAUGGGGUCCGCCUCUUCAGCCGGCAGAGCAGAGACUCAGCGGCCGGCCCCUCUCUGCAGGGCAGGACUAGGUUUUUGAAUCGGGGUCCAGCAGCCCAGCAGUCUCUGCAGAAGACCCCCCCUAUAAUCCUGGACCAGGACCCUGAUCAGGAGGUCGUCACCACCACUAAAACUGAGUCUGCAGAGCCUGAGGAGGAGGAGGAGCUGCUCAUAGUGAAGGUGGAGGAAACCACUGAGACCGCCACCGCCCACCAGGAGGCGUCAUCGAACCCCUGCAUCAACAGAGGAGACAUCGACCCCCCCACAUCGCUCCCCACCACCUCAGAGGACGGCGGAAGACAGCUCAGUGAAAUGGAGGCCCAGAGACGUCCGACACACCUGAGCAGCCCUCUGAGCGAGCGGGAAGAGAAGAAGGAGGUGACAGGUGACUCCCCAGAGAAAAAAAGCCCAACCCGAUCACUGCUCUACUGGCCGGAGAGCAAGCAGUCUGGAGGAUCAGAGCAGCCUUCUUGUUCCUCAUACACAGUGGUCUCUGCAGCAGGAAGUUCAUUCAGCCUCACAGGCAAAGUGAGGUCAAUCCCAGAGCCUGACGUCAUUGUGAUUGACUCAGGACAGGAUGGCUGUGGUGGUCUGAUACCUGGAGCGUGUAGAAGGGAUGGAGUGGAGGGUGUAACCAGGUCUCACAACCCCUCCCUGCUGUGUCUGUCUUCAGGGGAAUCCACUUGGGACAUCUCUGCCCACACCACCUCCCCUGUUACCAUGGAUAAAGUAAACCUCUCGCAGCAGAACUCUUGGUCAGGAGUCCAGCAAAUGGACCACUUCUCUGACCAGAACUUGGUCUACCAGUCAAUCAACACUCAGAACCAGAAUUCCUUGUCCCAGGAGCCCAGCCUCCACUUCACCUGCUCCAUCUGCUCACGCCGGUUUUCCCACCACUGUAAGCUCCGCAUCCACGAGCGUGCCCACACCGGAGAGAAGCCACACAAGUGCCCUCAGUGCGACAAGAGGUUUGGACAGAUGUGCAGCCUGAAGCGGCACCAGAUGGUCCACACAGGGGAGAGACCAUUCCCCUGCCCCCACUGCGGGAAGACGUUUGCCACUUCAACCAACCUGAAGGUCCACCAGAGCGUCCACACCGGAGAGAGACGCUUCAACUGCUCCAAGUGUGGCAAGAACUUCUCCUUCCUCAGUAACCUUAUCCGACACCAGGCGUUGCAUCGCAACAAGUGAAACAAAGUAACAAAGACAAAAGGACAUGAAGAAACAGAGAGACAGACAUUAAGAUAGUGAGACAAAGCUCUAAUCAGCAAGAAAUCCUCUAUUUUCUGCAACAUUGUCCAAAAACAGAAACUUUGUGCUGCACAGAAACAAAUGACACAAGGCCAGAGAAAGACACAGACACAGUGAUACAGAAAGAAAGGAAAAGAGACAGAGAGACAUGGAUACAGAGACAUAUCUAUAAAUAACAAGACCCUCCUUCUUUUGUAACCUCAUCUGUCAACUAGCGCUGCACGUUACAUACAUAGAGACACAGGGAAACAGAGAGAAAGAGACCCAGAGAAGGAAACACAGGGUCAUCCCACCGGUCCACACUGAUGAGGGACCGUUCCCUGUCCCCACUGCGGGAAGACAUUCCCCACAACCUAAGGAACCACCAGAGUGUCCAUACUGGUGAGAGUCUUUUCCAUAGUGAUGUAUAGAUACAAAGACCCAAGGACACAGAAACCCCAAAACAAAGAGCAUCAAUGACCCAGAGGCUCAGAGACACAAAGACAAAUCCAUAAACUAACAGCAAGAACUUUUCUAUAUCUGCAACCUCAUCUGUCAAUAGGUAUACAGGUAUAUGCUGUAUCAUUUUAUAUACUUUAAUAAUCACAGAGAGGGAAUUCAGGUCCACAGUCUGUUAUUGAAAGGCAUGCUACUCAUAUACAUAGACUCAAAACAAGACCCGUGACCAUGCAUUAAUGAAGAGAUGUCAGAGGGAGGAGCCUGCACAGAGGGUUGGGAGUUUGGUUCUCUGCUCAUUGGCAGUACUCUGGAUGUGAACAGUCACCUCUCCAGCAAUCAGACCCAACUUCCAUUCUUUGGUCCAUACUGGGACUUGAACUUGCAACCUUCUGGUUCCUAACCCAAGUCUCUUUUAGAAUGAGCUACUGCAGCCACUGUUCUUUAAGCCCUCUUGUCUCAAAAUGUCCCCAAAAAUCUUUUGAAAAAAAACCCUAGCCGCUGAGGCGCCAUGAAUUAAAAAAAACAGUGUUUGUUCUUUUGAUUGUAUAAAAUCUGUCAGUUUUCGUUCAGCUCAGGGAUACAUCGUAUGUAAACCCAGUACGGGGGUCAGCAUAACUCCACUCCACUCCACAUCACGUUGUCUAAAAAUAUGAUGGAUACAAAUGAAGGUUCUCAUGAUGUGUUUUUGUGGUGCAGCUGAUGUGAAGAGGCGCCUGUUUCCAUGCUCAUCUUGUGCUUUUUGUGUCUUUGAUAAAUUAUGGUGUUUAUUGGGGGUUGUAGUUCUUAUACAAAAUACUGGCAAGCAACACAGCUACAACCAAUAAAUGUGCCAUGUAAGAUUUAUAGUUGGGGUACAAAAAUGUAAGCAUUGACAGCAGUCAGUAGUCUGAAGAGACUGAGGUGGAAGGGGGUGGGGGGCAUUAAUGCUUGAGACCCCUGAGUGCAGAAACAGCUGAUGAUGUGUAUCAGUGUGUCAGGUGUGAGAGAAACACACAGCUCUGAAGUGAAACCUUAUAAGUGAAAAAUACUAAGACCUUUUAUGUCCUGGUUUUCUUUUCAUACCUCUGCUCUCAUCAGGUGACCAACAAAGGACUGCCCACUUGCUGCUUGACUGGCAGGAGAGCAGACAGAUUGGAGACACGGAGUGGCCAUCUUGUUCCUCGUACACAGU